UCGCCGGACGCUUCGCACUGCGGUUACUGGUCGCGCUCUCGAUGGACGACAUGGCCGCCGCUUACUACCACCCGCCUCCGGUAGCCGCCCACUACCCCUACUACCCUCCGCCGCAGACCCACGCGCCGCCGCUCACCGGGACUCCUCAGACGCCGUAUCACCACUACCUGCCGGCACCGGUGCCGCCGUCCCGGACCCAUCUCUCUCCGCAGCACUACGGUACGCCCGCCGACCAUCCCUCACGUGAUGAGGUCAGGACCCUAUUCAUCGCGGGCCUUCCCGAUGACGUGAAGCCCCGCGAGAUCUACAACCUCUUUCGCGAGUUCCCUGGGUACCAAUCCGCCCAGCUCAGGAGAUCCGGCCAGUCGUCUCAGGCAUAUGCAUUUACUGUUUUUACAGACCAACAGUCGGCACUCUCUGCAAUGCGUGCUCUAAAUGGACUAAUGUUUGAUCUUGAGAGAGAAUCAACUCUAUACAUUGACCUUGCAAAGUCUAAUUCUAGGUUCAAACGUUCACGAACAGAUGAUGGUGUAUCUUAUUCUUACGAUAAAAGAGUUAGAGGAUCUGUUGCAUAUUCAAGAGGCUUUUCAGAUUCUGCAGGUGCUGGAAGCCACAUUCACAUGCCUGGAAUGGUUAAUUCUGCUUACAGCUUGAAUGAUUUUCCCUCUGCACAAAGCCAAACAAAUUUUGGUUAUGAAGCAAAGCAUAAAAUGUUGAAUAAUUCAACUUACACUCCUCAAAGUAAUCCCCCAUGUCCAACACUUUUUGUAGCUAAUUUGGGUCCAAAGUCUUCUGAGCAAGAGUUAGCACAAGUUUUUUCAAGAUGCCCAGGAUUCUUGAAAUUGAAGAUGCAAAACAAGAAUGGAGUUCCUGUUGCAUUUGUUGAUUUCCAGGAUACCAGUAGUUCCACUGGAGCCCGAAAUCAUUUGCAGGGUACCAUUUUGUACUCAUCAGUUGGGGAGGGCAUGCGCUUGGAGUAUGCCAAAUCGCGCAUGGGUCUCCGAAAACGUGAAAAGAAGACAUAAGUUGCUCAAAUCUGAAACCUCUGAAGAUUCUAUUCUCAUUUUAUCAUCUGAUCCUUGAACAUGUGUAACUUUUUGACUCGAUCUUUGUGUGGGGUUUGUUCUUAGGUUCACGGCAGUCGUGUAUGUAUAGCUUUCUAGGUUGGGUGCAAUUUGCUGUUGAAUCUAUUUUGUUGUCAACAUUGACUUAAGAACACUACUGAAAUGAUAAUGUAGCUGCUGAUGUUGAUGA